GCGCCCGGCUAAGAAGCAACAUCAACAUUUGUCGCACAUUCGUGAAAAGUGUCACAUUACCCGUCCCUUCAACCCAAGUCCCAAAACCAGAAUAACUCCAGCAUGGAAAAUGUUGCAUGUGGAGAAGAAGAAGCACCAUCUUCCCAUCGGCUUCUCGGUGACGACAAAAUUUAAUGAGGAUUUUUGGUAUAAGGAAAACACUGCUCGCCCAUUCGAUGCGGGAUGUUCGGUUGGUUUGGCUAAAUAGGCGACACUAAAUUGUGUCACCGCGGUGUGACACAAACACCGGGAAAUUGUCGCGAUCGUCACCGCGUUCGUAGCUCGGAGCAAAGCAUUUUCCCGCACGGUAGUCUGCUCGCGGAUUUGGUCGAUGUUAAGCGGAUGUUCGUGGUGCCGUCUUGGAUCGGUUGUGCGCGAGGAAAAGCGGAUUUAUUGGAAGAAGGCAUAACAAAAAGAAGAAGUGCGGCGAGUUGGCGCAAAUUGAAGAACAGAAGAGUAGGUGUUAAGUCUGCGAAGCAAUUCAACCGACACGACCAUGACCAAGUUCAACAAGAACCUGUGCAGGAAGGCGAAUCAACCAGCAUCGGCAAAGCACGGUUACGAAAUGGAGCAUAAAAGUGAUUCGGCCGCGAGUAUUAUGGUUGGUGGCGGUGGAUUCAUGUGUGGGGUUGGGCUUGUGGGGGCACUGCAGCAACAUCAGCAACUGCAGCGGGUCAGUGAUAGUGAGUUUUUGUGCGGAAGUGGGUAUAAUGGGAAUAGUGGAGGCGGUGUAGGGUUGACGGCUGAGCAGAAGCUGAAACUGAACAUACAACAGCUGCAGAUUAGGCAGAAGCAGCUGCAAUUGCAAAACGAUGACUAUGAUGAUAACAGUGUCAGUUCGGAGGACACACAUGUGCUGGCUCCGAUCUCCGGAUGUAUGGCCAGUCCCAAUAGGCCGUGCUUGGCGUGGGCCUGCAAGGCCUGUAAGAAAAAAGGUGUUACCGUUGAUCGGCGGAAAGCCGCCACGCUGCGGGAACGACGACGGUUGAGGAAGGUGAACGAAGCCUUCGAAGUCCUAAAACGCCGCACCAGUACAAACCCAAAUCAACGAUUACCGAAGGUGGAAAUCCUGAGGAAUGCUAUUGAAUACAUUGACAGCUUGCAGGCGCUCCUAGAGGAAACGCCCCCUCUGCGACCGAGCUCGGACGAUAUUCUAACCGAUAGCAGCUCGGCGUCCAGCUUUUCGACACCCCAGGACUACAUGAACUGCUGCUCCAACAGUUACCUGCGUGAACGGUUACACCAGCUAAGCAAGGAUAGCGAUCGAUAUUCACCGAUCACCGGCCACACACCAUCGAGCGCGGCCAACGGCUCGAGUCUGGACUGCCUGAACCUGAUCGUGCAAAGUAUUACCAACGUGACAACGGCGGCAGCGGCCGUUGGGUCGGCGUCUAAUGGCCUGAGUGGCGGGCCUUCCUCUUCGAGUGGGCACCACCAUCAUCAUAGCAGCGCACCGCUCAACCAAAUUGCAUUCGCGUCUCCAUCGUCCUCGUCGUCAACCUCAUCCUCGGCGGCUUCGGUGUCCCCGCUACCUGGCCCAUCGUUGUCGGCGGCAACAACGGCGAUCCGGACAACGUCAGCGUUACCUUAGAAAUGAGGUACCAGGGCAGACUGCCCAUGGAUCGGUGCGUUCGUUUCGUAUUUGUAAUGUAGAUAAAUGCCAUAGUUCAAAUAAGUGCAAUAUAAUAUUAAAUGUCUCUUGUUGCCCGCGGACAUUCCUAGUUGCAGACUACUGCCGCAUAAACGAAAGGCCAGCGGCAUCAAGGGGGAUCCUCACUCGCUAAUUAAUUGUAAAUAUUCGCUACGUUGAGAAUUAACAAUGCUUUUCUUGUGUUCCGUUCUUUGGCGCGGCUGCAGUGCAGCAUCAUAAGUCAAUUUACGACAUUCUUGCGGGAUGCAAAAGUGAAAGGUGAAAUGGAAAAUUACGCGCAUUUCUGCAGCUAAGUUCUGCUUGUGUAGGUUUUACGUUCAGGCUAGUUUAUAGAGAACAGAAUAAAUAGUCUAGGAACGAGAUAGGGGAUUCAUUCGACAGAGAACAACAACGCUGUCCUGGGUAUCGCUUUUUCGAGUCAUUAGAAUGCCAAAGAUUAUUUAGUUUAGGUGAGGCUGAAGAGAAUGUAAAGAAGAAUUAGCGAUUGUAAUUAUAGAAGUAAAGUACCGAUAUAGUAUGAAUACAAUAAUUAAUUGUCAGAGCAUUAAGAACUUUGUAU